UGUUGUGGAGGUUUCUGUCUGUGGCAUUUGUGGUUAAGUUUUGAGUCUUUUGAAAUCAGGUGUUAUAGUUUAUCUUUGAGUAGCCAGUUUUUUUCGAUUUCGUUAUGCUAGAACUUCAGGACUAUCAAGACUUUUCAAUUAAAAAUUGGUAUGAGACUUUCAAACAUGUUUCCUUGAAAACUAUAAUAGUUGAUUUACCUGAUCAAUUACUAAAGAAGAUUCAGUGUAAUGAAAUUAGUGACCAUUCUGAGGACGAAACAGAGAAUUCCGAAGGUGAAGCUGAUAUUGAGAAAGAUUUAUCUGGCUUCUUAGAACAAUUCAAUAAUGCCCUGAAUACUCUCAAUAGAGCAGUUUUUGUAAAAAAUAACUGGCAUGCACCACUGGACGCUAGAAUGUUCAGUUUUGGAAACAUUUUGAAGGCUUUAGAUCUGGAUGAUGUUAUGCUAUACUUCACCAACUCUAUUGUGAUACAAAAAGACUUUGCCAAUGCCAAAAAUGCCCCUUUCUGCAUAGCAUUGAGACAGUGGAUUAGUAUACAUCCUGCUUCCGAAUUCCGAUGUAUUGUAGUGAACAAUAUACUAAGGGGCAUAACACCAAGAGAUUGGCCUGCUUACUAUGCGCACUUCAAGGAUGAUGGACCUCAGAUAAUAGAAGGUUUAUCAAACUUUUAUAAUGUUAAUAUCAAAUUGAAGUUUUUUCGAAAAAGUUUCAUUUUUGACGUGGUUUUUCAAUAUCCAGAUGCCCCAAUAAUUGUUGAUUUUGGACCACUGAAUUCAAAAACAAAUUUGUAUGCAUUUACUUGGAAAGAAAUACAGCCAUUGAUGAGUAAAGAAGUUCCAGAGGAUGUGGCACCAGUUUUCCGAUAUUUAGAAUCUGACAUUGGAAUCAUAGAAAAAGAUAAAUAAAAUGUGAAAGAAAUAA